AUGCAAGCAGUGUUUCAUUCAUUUCAACAGGAACCAAAGCCUGUCAAUAAUAACACCACAAAGAAGACCAAGUACAGAGAUCCCUUUAGCGAAACUGGAGGAGGUACAACUCAAACAAAUGCUGGCUUCGGUAACAUCAUGUACGAUCGGAGAGUGUACAGAGGCAAUACCUAUGCACAACAAGUAAUACCACAAAAUCAACAACUAGAAUUGGAGCUUGAAAGAAAGAAGGAAGAACAUAGGAACAAGAGAAAAUUAUUAGAAGCUAAACAAAGACAAGAAAAGGCCCUUGCAGAACAAUUACUGGCGGAAAGAAAUCUCGAACCGGUAGAGGGUAGAAAACAUAUUGAUAUUCAAACAAUGACUUACGUGGAAGAAAUUGACGAGACUGAUGUCUGGACACAGACGGAUCCUUUUCAAGAUAGACCCGAGUCACCGGUGUUCAUUCCCUCAAAAACAGGUGUGGACAUGGGUGUUCAAGUUGAGGAUGAUUUAUUUGAUUUUGAUUUUGAAGUUGCACCAAUUCUGGAGGUGAUUGUGGGAAAAACAUUAGAGCAAUCCAUGUUAGAGGUUUUAGAAGAGGAAGAGAUGGAAGCGCUCAGACAACAAAAGAAAGAGUUUGCACAAAAGCGAAAUGCAGAACUGGCAGAAACACAAAGGUUGGAAGCUGCAGAAAAAAGAAGGUUCGAGGAAAAAGAGCGUCGUAAGGAGCAAGAACGACAGAGGUUGCAACGCGAACAAGAAUGCAGGCGGAAACUUGCAAGUAGGCAAUUUGCAAAUCAAUACCUCGAAAAUUUGGACCUCAACGUGUUUACAACCCUUCAAGAGGAAGGCUUCUUUUACGACAUUGUACAUAGACAAGUGGAACAAGAAUUUAUGCCAUUCUUGAUACAACUCACUAACCAAGAGUUGGACAAGAAGCGACAAGCAAGAGUUGAAGUUGAUAAUAUCAUCAAGAUGAGUAUCAGGAAACUGUUGAAAUCCAAUUAG